AUGAUAUGUUUUAGAUAUUUAGCAACUCAAGCUAUUGUAAAAAACAUAGCAGAAGAAAAAACAGAAAAAAAUACAGCUAUAAAAUAUCAAUCUUUUGUGAGAAAUAUUUUUAUUAGUCAAUUAGAGAGUAGUCAAAUAUUUCCAUUUCCAGAAGUAUUAACUGAAGAACAAAAUGAUACAUUAAGAUUAUUAAUUGAUCCUAUGGAAAAAUUUUUUGAGAAAGUAAAUGAUCCAAUGAAAAAUGAUGAUAAUGCAUCAAUAGAUGAGAAAACUUUACGAUCAAUGUGGGAACUUGGAAUAUUUUGUCUUCAAGUUCCUCAGGAAUAUGGUGGAUUAGGAUUAAAUAAUACUCAAUAUAGCAGAUGUGUUGAAAUAUGUGGAUAUAAUGAUUUAGGUAUUGGUAUCACUUUAGGUGCACAUCAAAGUAUAGGAUUCAAGGCAAUACUUUUAUAUGGUACACCAGAACAAAAAAAAAAAUAUCUUCCAAGAGUUUGCAAUGGUGAUUAUGCAGCAUUUUGUCUCACAGAACCAAGUAGUGGUUCAGAUGCUGGUUCAAUUCGUUCUCGUGCAAUAAAAUCUGCAGAUGGUUCACAUUAUAUUUUAAAUGGCAAUAAAAUUUGGAUAUCAAAUGGUGGUUUAGCAGAAAUAAUGACAGUUUUUGCUCAAGUUCCUGUACAAGAUUUAAAAACUGGUAAAAUUAAAGAUAAAGUUACAGCAUUUAUUGUUGAAAGAUCUUUUGGUGGUGUAAUAAGUGGACCACCAGAAAAAAAAAUGGGUAUUAAAUGUAGUAAUACAACAGAAGUACAUUUUGAAAAUGUUAAAAUACCAGCAGAAAAUAUUAUAAAGGGCGAAGGACAAGGUUUUUCGGUUGCAAUGAAUGUUUUAAAUAAUGGUCGAUUUGGUAUGGCUGCUGCUCUUUCUGGAACUAUGCGUUAUUGUAUUAAAAAAGCAAUUGAACAUGCAACACAACGAGUACAAUUUGGACAUACAAUAGAUUAUUAUGGAAGUAUUCAAGAAAAAUUAGGUCGUAUGGCAAUGUUACAAUAUAUAACUGAAAGCCUUGCAUAUUCAAUUGCGGGUAACAUGGAUAAUGGAAGUCAAGAUUAUUAUUUAGAAGCUGCAAUUUCUAAAUGUUUUGCAUCAGAAGCUGCAUGGUGGGUUUGUGAUGAAACUAUGCAAAUAUUAGGUGGAAUGGCAUAUAUGAAAGAUACAGGUCUCGAACGAGUUAUGCGAGAUUUACGUAUUUUUAGAAUUUUUGAAGGAACUAAUGAUAUUCUUCGUAUUUUUGUUGUACUUUCUGGACUUCAACAUGCAGGAAUUCAUUUGCAACAAUUAAUGUCAGCAAUUAAGAUUCCUACUAUCAAUUUAGGAUUAAUAUUUGAAGAAUUAAGCAAAAGAGCAAUGCGCACAAUUGGAUUUUCAUCAACACGUAAUCUUAUUCAAUUAGUUCAUCCCAGAUUACACAGUAGUGCUACAUUAUGUGCUAAGAGUAUAGAAGCUUUUGGUCAAACUAUAGAAGGUGCUAUUAUUAAAUAUGGACCAAGAAAUAUUGUGGAGCAACAAUUUAUUCUUAACAGACUAGCUCAAGCAGCAUUUGAUAUAUAUACUAUGGCUAUUAUAUUAAGCAGGGCAUCUACAUCUGCAAAUAAAAAUCUUCCAAAUAUGGAACAUGAACUUCUUAUGGCAGAAACUUGGUGCAAUGAAGCAACUAAUCGUGUGAAUAAUAAUUUAAAAUUUGAUAAAAAAUUGAAUAUAUUUAAUAACUUAAGUAAAAUUUCAAAGAAUAUGUGCGAUGUUGGUGGAUGUGUUCAAUUAAAUCCAUUAGGCUUUUAAUAAUAAAAUCAAUAACUAAUCAAUAAACAUAGAAUUGUAAAUUAUUUACUUAAAACAAUAAUAAUUAAUAUUACAAUAAUUUUGAAUAUAUAUGAACUUUAAAUGCAUAAAAUAUUCCAAUAUGAAUUAAGAUGUAAUAUUAAAAUUUAAUAGUUUUGUAACAAAAUUAAAAUUUUUUAUAUGAAAUAGAUAUUAUAAAUAAACUUAUAUAAAAAAUAUACACAUGAAAGUAGAUACUGUUUAUUUUUCAUUGAAUCUCACAAAAUAGUGAAUUGAAUGCUUAAGAAAUAAAAUAACGUAUAAUAGUUUUUUAUAUAAUAAAUUAAAUGUAAGUAUAGAAUUUUCUUUUAUCAUACAUUUCAAAAUGUUUGAUAAUAUUACUCUAUAUAUAAAAAAAAAUACUAUGGUAUUUUAAUUUAUAAUUAAUAUUAAUCUUCGAUUAUCUUCAUUUAAUUGUAAUAUAAAUGCAUAAUUUAACAAUAUCACAACAUUACACAAAGGUAAGAAUAUAUUUUUUGACAAUUUUUUUAUCUGUCUAUAAUAUGGAAGCACAUAGAAUAUAGCCAUUGUAUGAUUUAACUUUUACAGCAUCCAUAUAAGACAUUAAUAACAUUAAGUGAAGUGAAAUGAAGUACAUGCAAAAACAAAAUUGCAUAUCUCAUUAUUAUGAGAAAUAUACUUAAGUUUGAGAAUCAAACUAUCAAUUUUUUUUUUAUAGUGUAUAAAAAAAAGAAAAAGUUAUUAUUGAUUAUAUAACAAUAAUUUUGAUCAUAUUGAAAUAUAAAAAUUAAAAAUAAAAUAAUAUAUUAUGCCUGUUAUUUUUUUUUAAAUAUGUAAAAUUUUAUAGAUAAAUAAUAUGAUUUGAUAAUAAAUAUGUUGUUAAGAUUUUGUAACUAUACAUUGGCAGUGUUUUUCUCCAAUUUAUGAUAAUUAAUGAUUAAUUUGAGUCUCAAACUUUAAGUUGUUAAAGUAUUUAACACAUAUAAUAAAUAUUAUUCAAAUGUAAAUAAGAUGGCAUGAAAGUAUUAUGAUGAGGUAUGAUUUUAUUAUUAAAUGUUAAAACAUGAAAUUGGAAAGAAUUUAUCAUUGUGGACAGAUAUAACUGUAAUUCAUAACUUUUCAGAAAAAUAGAAUAUUAGAUUAUUUCUUGAUAUUUGUGUUACUCCAGGUAUGUAAUUUUAUUUUUAAAAACAUAUGAAUUCCAUAACAUGAAUUCAUAAUCUGUAAUAUAUUUGUGUGUUUCUCCUAUGUACUAUACCUUAUGGUCUAAUAAGCCUUUAUAAGAAUAUCAGUAAUUAUAUUAUAUCAUGAAUAAAAAA